AGCGUUUACGUUUUCAUUUUAUAAGCGGCCGCUAUUUCGUAUAGUUCAGCCAGGCUACCCAAAUCUAUAUAAUUGAAUAUAAGUUCUGUUCGGUGAAUAUAAGCAACACUCGCGCAACGGUCGUACCAAAGUAGAAGCGAAUAGGCCCGCGCCGACACGUUUUUGUGCCAAAAACAGCUGAUCCCCACGUGGGAACCAGCAAGUUCUCAGGUUGGGUUCCAAUGUUUCGUUCCUUCUAGGCGAAUCGCUGAUCUGAACCAUGGCCGAUCUGGAAGCCCUCAAUGGGAUCAGCGACAUCAAUCAAACCACGCGCUUUCUAGAGAACUCGCCUCAAAAGGACACAGUUAUUGGACAAUCGAGAGGCGACGCUGAGGAUGACCACCCUCCGGCAGAUGGUGGGACCCGGGCCUGGCUGGUCAUGUUGGGCUCAUUUUUCUGCAAUGGGAUUCUCUUUGGGGUCAUCAAUUCCUACGGAGUGCUGUAUAAUGACUUCAAUAAGGCCCUAGUGGCUGAUGGGGUGACCCAUGCGUCUGGAAAGGCUGCAUUGGCAGGUUCCCUGGCCAUGGGCAUGACUUUCUUCAUCUCCCCAGUGUCCGGCAUUCUCACCGACUACAUCGGCAUCAGAAAAACCACAUUCUUCGGAGGCCUGAUCGCGUCCUGCGGAAUGUUGCUGUCCUCCUUCUGCACGCACGAUGUCACCCUCUUCUGUAUCACCUUCGGGGUGAUGUAUGGACUGGGCGGCGCCCUCGCCUACACCCCGUCGCUGGCAGUGUUGGGACACUAUUUCAAACAAUAUCUGGGCAUAGUGAAUGGAAUAGUGACGGCUGGUAGUUCAGUGUUCACCAUCACUAUGCCUUAUGUGCUGGACGCAUUGCUGAAGAACUUUGGCCUCGUUUGGACCUUGAGGUCGUUGUCGGCGUUCGCCAGCUUGAUCAUGCUGGUGGCGAUUCUGUUUAAACCAGUGAACAAAUCCAUUUCGAUCAAAAAAGUGUCGGUGAAAGAUGUGUUUAACAUGUCGGUGAUUACAAAUGUGCGAUACUUGAUUUGGACCGCUGUGAUUGGCUUGUGUUUGUUCGGGUACUUCGUACCGUACGUUUACAUGAUCAGCUUUGUGGAAACGAACUUUUCGGGUUACGUGGAUAAGAAUUUGCCGGUUUUGUGCAUUGGCGUCACUUCGGGGGUUAGUCGGCUGGUGUUUGGGUAUCUGAUUGAUCGCACCAAUGUGAACAAGAUCCUUCUCCAGCAGCUCGCAUUUUUCACCCUGGGAAUCCUGACGAUCCUGUUGGCGUUUUCCGUUUACGCAUUCCCGCUUCUACUGUUCAUUUGUCUGGGGAUGGGAAUAACCGAUGGCUGCUUUAUCACCCUUCUAGGGCCGAUCGCUUUCGAACUGUGCGGAAGAGACGGCGGCGCUCAAGCUAUAGGGUUUCUACUCGGCGUCUGCAGCCUUCCGCUCACUUUAGGGCCGUAUUUCGCCGGAUUGAUCUACGACUCCCAGAAAAGCUACACGCUGCCGUUUAUACUGGCAGGAAUCAACCCCACUUUGGCUUCGUUUGGCCUGCUGGCCAUCAAGUGUGUUCGGCAGCAGCAGUCGAAGAAUGCAGACGUUCAACAUCCACUGAACCCCGACCUGAGCCAUCGGAAGACAGCUUCAGUGUUUCAGUUGUUUCCAACAUUCCAAGAUAAAAUUCAAAAACACCAAUCUUGAGGGCAAACGUGCUUGGUAGCAAACACUUGGACUGAACACUUCCAAGAUAUUUGACUCUUAGUGUUGUAGCUGUAAGAAAUAUUGACGCAUGACCUAAGAUUAUAAAUAAUAAUACAAUAAAAUUGUUCAAACAGUCGACUGCAGUUCCAAAGAGUUAAGCUUUUAAAAUUCAAUACCCCAGUGUUUAAAGUUUUUUUACAAAAAAAAUGUUGAGCAGCUAAAUAGUUCUAAUAAAUGUAAUUUAAAUUAGGAAACGUUAGUUAAAAGAAGAUACCUACGCCGUGCAGUGUUGCCGGCCACCGAACAGUUCAUCGAAAAAGAAAUUUCAGAAAUUAUCAAAAAAAUCAGCUAAGGGCUGAGGAAAAUGUUUUCAAAUUCUAAUUGAAAUGACGAAUUUUUGCAGCUAAUUAACUGGGAUACUCGCGAAGACUGAUGCAUAUUUGAUUGGUGUACAAUAUGUAGUUGUAUAGAAUAAAGUGAGUCCUUAACGUGCUGUGAAUUGGUUAAUAGAGAUGUCUUUGUCAGGGUUAGUUAGUCUAGUUUUAUUUUUUUUGAUUAACAAUCAACAUUCGACUGACUGGCCCGUUAUGUCAAAGGAUAAUUUUGUAUGUUUUUUCCGUUAAUAAAAAGUGUUUUUCACCGAUUGA